UGCCUUCGAAACCUUGGCAUCUGCAUCGUCGUCUAGAAAAUAGACAAUAAAAAAAGUUCUAGUUUAAAUGAUUAGACUUUGUUGAACAGAUAUUAAAGUAUUUGAAGACAAUGUACGAAAAUACAUUGACCAAUUCAAUAUGGAUCCUUUUAAUUAUCGGUUGUACACAAUACGUGGAUGCCGCCUCUUUACGCUGUUACAAUGGAUCUUUGGAUAACCCUAUGAUUGUGCCACUGGAUUUUCCGCGGCCACUAAUUAACAAUUCUUGCAUUAACACAAGUAGAGUUACAAAAUUUUUUAUAUCCGGUUUUAACCGGAACGUUACAUCGGAAGAGUCCAUAACUAUACUGUCCGCAUACAUUGCAAGAGGAGACGUUAACGUUGUAUACUUGGACUGGGCUGAGGAAGCAUCAAAAGAAAGUAUUGGAACUGUUCUUGGUUACCUGAAAGCAGCAUCGAAUACACAAAAUAUUGGAGCUAGAUUUGCUGCUGCUUUAUUGAAUUUACUCGACGGCGGCUUAGAGUUUACCAAAGUUCAUUUAGUGGGGCACUCCCUCGGCGCACAGAUAGCUGGUAUCACGGGAAACACGCUGGUGGCCCAGGGAUAUAUUUUACAAAGAGCGUCAUGCUUGGAUCCAGCCGGACCACUGUAUUCGGGUUUAAUAAGUUUUAAAAACGGCGUGAGCCCCGAGUGCGCGAAACAAGUGGACGUCAUUCACACGGACCCAGGCGGCUACGGUAUCGCGGAUCGCGCGGGAACUGCGGACUUCUGGCCUAAUUACGAAGGAGGGAAGACUGUCCAGCCCGGAUGUCUCAGGGGGAACUUUCCUUUGCUAAGUGAAGAAGGGUUAUGUAGCCAUAUUGCGUCGUGGAGAUACUUCGCGGAGACAAUAAACGAUUGCAAUUGCUUCCCCGCGGCAAGCGCACCGGACUACGCUACCUGGUCUAGUACCAAUGGAACUACAAAUUCUACCAUCUAUAUGGGAGAAUAUCUCUCACCCGAGGCCAGAGGUAACUAUUAUUUAGUGACCAACGAUCGUUCACUGUACGGCAUAGGAGAAGAAGGCACCGAUCCUAAUAACAGAAUCGACAACUAAUAAUAUAUUUGUCUAUGCUUGAUACAAUUAAUAGAAUAUAUAGAAUACGUAACUUACUAAUACGAAACGAAAUCUAUGUGCAUUUAAUAAUCUUAUUUAACACA